CAUAAGCUCCACAUCAUUGUCUUCAAUAUCUUGGUUUCCUCUUUGAAAACAUUAUCACAAUUUGUUUCACUCGUUAAAAUGACAUAUUUAAAAGUUUUUUUAUUAUAUAAAAUCUUUUGUCUUGUUGUGCUAACAUUUACCCAAGUAUCAGCUGAUUUAAUACAAAAAAAUAUCAACCAAACAAUAGACUGUGGUGAAUGUGCAUACUACAGAUGUCCUGAAAGUUCUACCAAGUGUCUUUUAGGAUCAGUUAAAGAUCCAUGUAAUUGUUGUCCAGCUGGUCUAUGUGCAAAAUUUAAUGGUGAACCAUGUUGGAAUUCAAGUAUCCCAAAUUUAUCAAAAAAAUAUCUAAAAGACGGAUUUUGUGCUGCUAAUUAUAUUUGCCAAUUACGCAAUGAUCUUCUUGAUGGGGAUGAGCCUGAAGCAAUUUGUUCAUGCCUAGAAAAAAGUCCAGCAUGUGGUAGUAACAAUGAAACUUAUGAUACUCCAUGUGAACUUCAUGAAGAAGCAAUGAGAAUUAAAAAUUCAACAUUAAAGUUAAAACAUUUAGGUCCAUGUCCAAGUCGUCCUUGGAUAUCAUCACCUCUUGAAGACACUAGUGCAACAAUGAGUCAACGAGUUGCACUCAAUUGUGAAGCCAAGGGUUUUCCAGUUCCUGAUAUAACUUGGGUCUUUCACUCGUCAGAUGGUUCAAGAGUUAUCAAAUUACCAAAUGAUGAGCAUGAAAGUGCUGUGCAUACAAGCGAUGGACCAGAAAAUUUUAUGCGAAAUUCUUGGCUUCAAUUUUCAAGAAUUUCGAAACAACACACCGGAACAUAUCAGUGUAUUGCGAAUAAUACAAUUGGUGUUGCAAGUACAAUGGCUUUUGUCUCAUUAAUAUAACAAAUUAAAAAUUCAAUUUUAUAAUUUUUUUUUUUAUAUGAAUUUUACAGUCUUAAAAUAUGAAAAUUAUAAGUAACUAUAAUUUAAU